AGUAACAAUGAAAACAAAUUCUUGUGAAUCAAUCUGUCAUUCAGAUGACUGUACGAGUAGUGUAUCCGCCUUGAAUUAAAUUUUUGUGAGCAAAAGUUGCAGGGUCUACAAUGACGGCCCAGGUGCAAGCCCUGUACGACUUCACCGGAGAACCGGGAACCACAGAAAUGUCAAUUACCUGUGGUGAAAUAUUGACUCUUAUAAAUACAGACAUUGGUGAAGGAUGGUGGGAGGGAAGAAAUUCUAAGGGCCAAACAGGCUUGUUUCCGGCAGCAUAUGUGAGAAAGCUAUCUCCUGAGGAACUAGAACCAGAAAAGGUGGCUCCCGCUGCACCUAGAUAUGACCAGGCAGCUGACGAGUGGGGUGAUCAACAAUACAGUGCAGGUGAUAAUAAUUAUCAAAGAGCAGCUUCACAUGACGACGGCUGGGAUGAUGAUUGGGAUGAUGACACAUACUCUGAAAUAGGUCCUGGUGCUCCUCAAAAUAAGACUGCAAUGAGUCAUCAACAACAACUUACUCCAUUACCCGGUAUGCCAAUUAAUGACUAUAAUCAUCAAAUGGAUGACAAUGCUUCCUCGUUUGGUUCAACAGUCGGUACAGUUAGAAAGAAUAAAUUUGCACCAUCAUCAAAAGUUAGUGGAGAGAGCUACUUACUGGCCACGUUAAAUGUUGACGUCCCUGACUCGGAUAAAGUUUACAUAAUUCAAGAAGGUGACUGUUAUGUUUGGGCACCGAUCACACAGCCAUAUAGUGUUACAGUUGCAUCUCCAAAAAAAGAAUCAAAAUUCAAAGGCAUCAAGAGCUUUAUUGCAUAUCAGUUAACCCCGUCAUUUAAUAAUAUACAAGUUUCUAGAAGAUAUAAGCAUUUUGAUUGGCUCCAUGAAAGAUUACAAGAAAAAUUUACACUCAUACCCAUCCCACCUCUACCGGACAAACAAAUAUCAGGUCGCUACGAUGAACAACUAAUUGAACGCCGGCGAGUACAAUUACAGGAAUUUGUCGAUUGGAUGUGUAAACACCCAGUUUUGUCAAAAAGUGAAGUCUGGCAACAUUUCCUCACCUGCACUGAUGAAAAACGUUGGAAAGCUGGUAAAAGACAAGCGGAGAGGGAUAAUUUAUUAGGCCUUAACUAUUGUAUAUCCUUAGUUGUACCUGAAAAAGCUUUAUUACAAUCCCAAGUGGACCACAUCACAGAGCAGUGUCACACAUUUAUAGGUAGUAUGGAUACAUCGGUAAAAUCUGUGACUAAUAUGUGUCUAGCACAAACAAAGAGGUUCCAAGGGCCAUACAAGUCAGAUUGCCAAAAAAUUGGUGAAGCAUUUUAUAGUUUAGGAAACGCUCUUGGCUUGGAUGAAGGGACAGUCAUAUCUACAUCAAAACUUACAUCUGCGAUAAAGAUGACAGGUGGUGCUUAUAUUGAAAUUGGUAGGAUGUAUGAAGAACAACCAAAAUAUGACUGGGAACCGCUCGGAGAUAAAUUUCAUCUAUAUAAAGGUAUUGUAGGCUCAUUCCCAGAUGCCUUAGCAAAUCACAAGGCAGCUGUGCAAAAGAAACGUGAAUGUGAGAGAUUAACAUCCGAACACAAAAUGGAAGUAGGACAACUAAAUGAAGUAUUAAGAAGAACCGAUGUCAUAUCUUAUGCCCUUCUUGCCGAAAUUAAUCACUUCAAAUCAGAACGAACUGAAGACUUGAAAGCUACAAUGCAAAAAUUCUUGAGGCAACAAAUUAGUUUCUAUAAAAAAAUUGUUGAAAAAUUGGAAAUAACUUUGAACCAGUAUGAUGAAUAGUAUGCUAAUGAAAUGACUAAUCAUGGAAUUGAUAAUUUUUUGUGAUGCUUUUGGAAAUGGACUAUUGCCAUUGUUUAUUAUAUCCUAUUAUAAUAUUAGUAUUGAUAUUUUAUAGGUAUAUCUAAAACUAAAAUCCAAAUUAACUUUUAUAAUGAAUUUAUAAUGUGAUGAAAGUGACUGAAUGUAAUACUAUGCUUAAUACACAAAACUGUUUAAUUUUUAUAAACUGUUCUGUAUAUACUUUGCUACCUAUGUUACAUUUUUCAUAAAAUAAUAUUUUUUACCACUGUAAUAAUUUUAAUUUGGAAUUUUUACUAAUGAUUAUUUCAUUUAUUUUGAGACAUGUACGUUUUAUUUAGCGUAAGUGUUGUAAUAUUCCAUUUUUAAAGUAAAGUAUCUAAUAAAAUGUAAAAUCGUU